AUGAACUGUGGAAUAGAAUUGACUGGAUGGAAUCACUUGCCAUGCUUUGCCUAUACUCUAAAUCUCGUUGUUCAAGAUUCUCUUGGUGCAGAACCUGGGCUGUCAGUGAUAAAAGAGAAAUGUAAAGCUAUUGUUGCUCACUUUCACAGGAGUACUAAGUCAUCAGAAAAACUCCGGAGUACUCAACAACAGCUAAACAUGCCAGAGCUCAAGCUCAUCCAAGAUGUAGUAACCAGAUGGAAUUCUACAUACUUGAUGUUUGAGAGAAUUUUAUCUCAACAUGAGGCAGUCACAACAACACUUUGUCUUUUAGGAAAGGCUGCCAUGUGCAUAUCAACUGAGGAAAAAGAGAGCAUCAGUGAAGCACUUGUCCUACUCAAACCCUUUCUUCAAGCUACAGAGGAAAUAAGUGGUGAUAAAUACAUAUCAAUAUCAAUAAUCAUACCUUUGACCAAAAUGCUUCUAAAAGCAACCUCAAAUGGUCCAAAUGUACCUCUACGGCCAUUACUUGUUCAGGAACUCAUGAGGAGAUUUUCUCAGGUUGAGCAAAGAUAUACUAUGGCCGUGUCCACACUCCUUGAUCCAAGGUUUAAAAAGUUAGCAUUUGCUGACUCAGCUGCUGUGGAUCAAGCAAUCAGAAGACUGAAGAGCGAGGUUAUAGACUUGAUGUCAGCUGUGCCAGCAAAUGAUGAGUUAAGAAAUGAUGAUGACACCGAGUCGGCCAGCGCCGGGCCACCACCGACAGAGGAUAGCCUAUGGGCUUCAUUUGACAGGAAGGUUUGUCAAGCUUCUUCACACAGGACAGACUCAACUGAUAGUUUCAUUGAGGUCAAGAGAUACUUUGAAGCUAAAGUCAUUGCCAGAAAGGACAACCCACUUCUAUGGUGGAAAGAAAAUGGACAUCAAUUUCCACACGUCAUGAAAGUAGCUAAAAAGUACCUCGCAAUUCCACGGUCAUCAGUACCAUCUGAACGCCUUUUUUCAAAGGCAGGAGAACUUAUUUCUCAAAGAAGAAGCCAGCUGAAACCAAAGAACGUGGACAUGAUAUUGUUCUUGAACAAAAACUUGCCUUUGUUUAAUGUUUAA